UGGCCUCUGAACGGCAUCAAGUGACUGACCAGCCUAUAUAAGAGGGCCUUGUCUUGCCGCUCCAGGAUCAUCCCCCACCUCUUUCAACACUUUCCUCUUUUCACCACAAACCAAACUACAACAAACACAAUCACAAUGGGUCUCUUCCACCACAAGCACGAGGGUCCGCACGGCGGCCAGCAGGGCGGCGGCCCCGGUGGCCCCCCUCCCCAGCAGGGCGGCGGCGGCGGAUUCGGUGGUGGCCAGCAGCAGGGAGGCUUCCAGGGCGGUGGCGGUGGUGGCUUUGGUGGACCCGGACAGCAGCAGGGCGGCGGUGGCUUUGGUGGACCCGGACAGCAGCAGGGCGGCGGUGGCUUUGGUGGACCCGGAGGCCCUCAGCAAGGCGGCGGCGGCUUCGGCGGACCUGGUGGCCAGCAAGGCGGUGGUGGCUUCGGUGGACCUGGUGGCCACCAGGGUGGUGGUGGCCCCGGUGGUCCCGGUGGUCAGCAGGGCGGCUUCCAGGGCGGCGGUGGUGGUGGUCCCGGUGGAUUCCAGGGUGGUGGCGGUGGCAGGUACUAAACGUAUCCGUCAUAGGAGAUUGAUCAGAAGAUAUAUUUUACAUGAAUGAUUGACUGAAAUGCG